ACUCGUUUUCGUUCACCUUGUUACCUGCUUAUUACCAUGGAAUUGCCUCAUAUUGGAAAACAUUGCUCAUUACCUAACUGCCAAACACUCGACUUCUUGCCAAUCACUUGUCUUUUUUGUCAUGAGACCUUCUGUGGGCCUCAUGGACUCCCUGCAGAUCACGACUGUUCGGAAUGGGAACAGGUAGAUAGACGCGUAGUGCAGUGCAACAGCUGUCAAAACAUGGUAUUGGUGCCUGAAGGUUCGCGUGUCGAGCAAGCACUAGAAGAACACAUCUGUCGACCACUAGACCUAGUCAAGAAGAAAAAGUGCGCUGUUUCCGGGUGUCGCGAGUUCGAACAACACAAGGUCGUAGUGCCAGUACACUGCAAUGGCUGUGAUAAGGAUUUUUGUUUGAAGCAUCGGUUAAAGAUGGAUCAUGAAUGUCCUUCGUUGGAUGUGGAUGAAAAGGAAAGUCGGAAGCAGGCUGCACAAGAAAAAAUAAGCAAGACAUUUUUGAAAACUACAACAGCAGCAACAGGAGGAGGAGCAUCAAGCAACAAGAAGGUGGUAAAACCAAUGGUCAAGAAGAAGAACACCAUGGUGGAACUGAUGAAAAUGAAAUUAAAAGCAAAGGGAUCUACUUCAAUACCGUUAUCAGCAAGAAUCUAUUUGCAUGUAGAAUUUCCCAAAGAAUGCAACCGACCCACCCAACCCAUGUAUUUUGAUAAGACAAUACGAGUAGGAAGGAUGUUGGACAUGGUGGCUGAUGCAUGUAGUGUGAAAAACGAUAAUAAUCAAUUACCCGAGUCUGAUCCCCAGCGCCUGUCACUAUUCCACUAUACUCCUGAAGAAGCUUUAUUACAAUUAGACCUAGCAAACAAACUGGAAAGCGCGCUUAGCAAUACCGAUCGGAUUUUGCUGGAACGGCUGGAAACGCAGUUUUCGAAGAAUAGCAGGAAAAUUUCUCGUUGAAUAGUAUUAUUUUACGUAAGCUUUAGAUUUAAAGGAUUUCAGUUAACCUCUUUCUAUGUGAAACUAUGGUAAUUUUUUUUAUCCUUGUAAUUAUGUGCGUAAUGUAAGAAGAAUGUUACUAUUACAGAAUUUUAACUGG